CCGCGAGGCCGCGGCCCCGACGAAGCUGGGCCCAGGAGGCCGCCCGCCCCGCCCGCACAGUGUCCGGACGCCUGGGUCCCAGGUAGGCCCGCGCUUUGCCUCGCGGCUGGGAUCUCCGAGGACACCGGCCUGACCUUGCAGAGGCCGCGGCUCCGCUGCGCGCUCGCGGGCCGGUCGGGCCACUUUGUAGGAAUCAUGGGCCCCUAAAGCAAGGGACAGACGCUGCCGGCGGGAGUUUUCUGUAUCCGCCGUCCCACUGCCCAACAAAGAGACUUCCUAUUCCUUGCGCUCCCUUAGGGCAGCAGUUUGAGACUUCAAGUCCAGUAGAACCUAGGACCACCGGCCACCUUCCUUCCUUCUUGGAUGGAGCACUGCCUCCCCAGAUUCUGGGGCACCUUGGGGCGUGGCCUUGGUGAGUGAAACUUGGGGAACCGCUGGGAAGGAAAGCUGGACGCACAGAGUAUGCUGUGGGGGUGACCCAGGCCUUGUCAGGGCCUGAGACUCUUGGAAUCCUGUGUGCCGGGCAGUAGUGAAUGAGUCUGGGUGUGCGCACAUCCCUUCCUUGCCUGAACACUGAAAAGGAAACAAGCCACUGCCAUGCUUGAGGCUGCAUGACCUCAGGGUGGCGAGGAGCCGCGUCAGAAUUCAGAGCACAGAUUCUCCCAGUGGACACUUGUUCUGAGCUUGAGAGACUGGCUUCCCCCUGAGAGUCUGAGCAGUGCUGAGAAUCGCCUCCUCCCACCCGCCCCACACUUUGGAGGCUCCUUACACCCCAGCCAUGUUCCUGCGACGGCUGAGUGGUUGGCUGCCUCGUCCCUGGGGCCGCCGGAAACCAGCAAAGCCUGACUCAACAGCCCCAGAACCCAGAUGGGUGGAUAGCUCUCCUGAGAAUUCAGGGAGCGACUGGGACAGUGCCCCAGAAACCAUGGGAGACGUGGGGCCUCCCAAGACCAAGGACUCAGGGACGCCGAGGCGCUCUGGAGCAGCACCAGAACCAAGCAGGGAGCCCCGAGCUGAGCAACUGGGGAGCAAAGGGAUGGAUUCCCUCCAGUGGAACAAGGUUGAGUCGGAGAGACUGGAAGCUGGAGGGGCUUUGGGAAUGGAUCCCGUGGAUGCAGGUGGCGCCCGGAGACCUGAAGAGGAACUGAGUAUUCCUGGGCCUGAAGCUGCAGUGGAGAAACCCAGCCGGCAUCAGAAGCUGCUGGGCUGGCUACGGGGGGAAGCUGGCGGUCCCCCACGGUACCUGGGGGGCCCAGAGGAGUGUCUGCAGAUCUCCACCAACCUGACCCUUCACCUGCUGGAGCUGCUGGCCUCGGCCCUGCUGGCACUGUGUUCACGGCCGUUGCGGGCAGCUUUGGACGCUCUGGGCUUGCGUGGACCACUGGGCCUCUGGCUACACGGGCUGCUGUCAUUCGUGGCUGCCCUGCAUGGGCUCCAUGCUGUGCUGAGCCUACUUACCGCCCAUCCUCUGCACUUUGCCUGUCUCUUUGGCCUCCUACAGGCCCUGGUGCUGGCUGUCAGCCUCCGGGAGCCCAGUGGAGAUGAAGAGGCCACUGACUGGGAGGGUGAGAGGUCAGGGAGGAAGGGUGAAGAGCAAAGGGGAGACCCGGGAAAGGGGCUGUGACUGUGGGGUGGGGGCACAAGAUAAAGACAGGGUGGCCUUUAGGAUGGGGGUGUGUGUGACCCAGACUAAGCACAGGGACCUCAGGGAUGGGAAAGAGACCUUGGAGUGCCAGGGCUCAGGGCCCCCUUCAUACACAGGAGAGAACAGUGUCUAUGGACACUGGGGGGAUCACCCUUGGAUUCACCAGCUAUUGUUACUUUUUUGCUUUUACAUUUCUCCCACCUGUUUUUCACCUCCACUUUUUAAAAGCAAAAAAAAAAAAAAAAAAAAGUGUGGUGGAGAAUGAAGACUGAAUGGUCUUUUCUACCUUCAAAAAUCCCCAGAGGCAGGACAGAUCUCUGCAGAAAGAGGCUGGGAAGCUGGCUGAGAGAACCAAGAGAUCUCCUGGAUCUUGUGAUCUGAGCCAACUAAGGAAGAGUAGCACUGCUGGG